GUGACCAUGAUGGCAAAAAUCGACAUUGGUUCAGGGAAAUUUCUAUAAGAAUUCCAACCGUCGUCCCUACAGGCCGCAGUUUCAAACAAUGCAGGAUAGUCACUAAAGAUAGACUUUUCCGAAGAAACAUUUCUUAUCUUUUUAGGUAUAAAAAAUUCAGUGUGUAAAAAUUCAGUGUGGAAUGAACAUAUUUGAUUACAUUAGUUCAUCAGUUGUGUAAAAAUACUAUGGCUACUCCAAUGUAUAGUUCAAAGCUAUCGGGAUCAAAAUUCAAGAAUUGGAUUAAGGCUGGAUUAGGUGUUCUAUAUACUAAACAAGGUAUUGAGCCUUUUGUUCAUGAUGAAAUAGAACAGUUCCAGCAGAAAUGUUUGAGCGACAUCUGCAACAACAAUGGAUUUCCUGCUGGUACCACGUGUUCUAGUUGUUGCAUAGAAAAUGUUGUUGUUUGCCCCACGAAUAGAAUUUGUAAUGCAAGACGUGGGAAAUGCAGCUUCCAUAGAAAUUCUGCCACGCAAUAUCUCCCGUCUGGCUGCCCUAACAAAAUAUGUCAUAAUUUCAAAAGCGAGAUACAGGGUGCCCAUCGAUACUAUGGUCCAUCCUAUAAAAACACUGAUGCUACCCAGUGGUGCAGCAAUCCUUGGGAAGUUGCUAAAUGUUUCAUGCCACCUGAUGGAUAUAAGGAUGCGACAAAUGCAGCAGACACAGAUUUCAAUGGAAUCAUCAGUGUUAUUAUGAACUAUGAAGCAUUUCAAAUGAAAAUUCACGACGAUCUUUCCAAACCGUACAACAUCUUUGAACAGGGUAGAGAGGUAGGCAAAGCAGUUCGACAUUGCCCACAAUUAGAGAUGGAAGAUACAAAUCUACAACACUAUUUUAGUAUCUUACAGAAUCUGCUGUCAGAUCCUGCAUAUCUGUCUGCUAAUACAGCUGCGCAGGAUGCUAAAGCGAAAUUAUUACAGCUUCAAAAUGAUACCUUAGUCGUUGGCAGAGACGAUGUCCGGAAAGUGCUGGAUGAUGUUGGUAACGAAGUUCAAGAUAUAAUAAAGACUUCAAAAGAUGCUUUCAAGAAGGAUGCUGAAAGAAAAAAGUUUCAACUUAUUAAACUCACAAAAACAUAUCUCGGUGCUAUUGACAGACAUGGGAAAGUUUCAAUGUCUCAACUAGAUAAAGCAUUAAAAUCUGCAAUCGAUGAAAUAGAACAGCAAACAAAGAAAGCGGUUAAAAAAGUACAAGCUGAAGCGGGAAAACAAUUGAAGAUUAUGGCGACAGAAGGAGAUACUAUUGCGAAAAAUGUCAUCGAAGGAGUUCAGAGAAUUGAUUCUGGAAUAGAAGAAAUUUCAACAGAAACUGAUAAUGCUAAGAGGAAGAUAACAGAAGAGACUGAUCAAGAAGUUAAACGGUUGAAAGCAGAGGCCAGUGCUAGAAUAAAUACGUUAAAAGGGGAAGCCAGUACUAAGGUGAAAAUGGUUUCAUCAGAAGCUGGUAAAGCAGUUAAACAAUUAGAGGAAGCCAAAGAUGAAGGUGUGAAAGCAGUGAAGACAGUAGCCGAAGCUGGAGUAACAAAAAUUAAUUUAGAAACGGAUGAAGCAUUAAAGCAGAUUGAGAAAUCAAAAACAGAUAGAAAAGAAGAUAUAUACAACAACUUAAAAAAGGCUUGA